AUCUAGUCCCGUGUAGAUCAGUUGAAAAAAUCAGUCAUCGGAGAUGGAGACAGCCUAUGGAUCACUAACACUCUUUACCUCCAUUCUUCACAAUGUGUUUUUACUCUAUCAUGUUGAUAUGUUCGUCUCUGUUUACAAGAUAGACAAAACAUCCUUCUGGCUUGGAGAAACAAUAUUCCUGCUGUGGAACUCAUGCAAUGAUCCUUUAUUUGGUUGGUUCAGUGACAAGAAAUUGUUAGUACAAAAUAAAGCUGGACAUGGCAGAGUUUCUGAUGUAGUAUGGAGCAGGUUAAACGCACUUCACAUUUAUGGGCCUUUGUUUGCUGUUGCUUUUCUUCUAUUCUGGACACACUGGGCCUGGCCUGGUCUUCAGUUUGCAGUUUGUUUAUGUUUGUACGACGGGUUCCUAACUAUGAUUGAUCUACAUCACUCAGCGCUGUUGGCUGAUUUGUCUUUGUCUGCUGAUGUUAGAACUAAACUUAAUUCUAGGUGUUCAGUAUUUAGCGCCAUAGGCUCAGUGUCAGUAUUCUUAUCUUACUUGGUGUGGAAUAAAUCAGACUUGACAGCUUUUAAAAUCUUUUGUUCUGGUCUUGCUAUCCUGUCACUUGUUGGUUACAUCACCAUGGUGAGAGUAUUAAAGGCAGCAUAUUUAAAGCAUAGCAAGCAAUUCAACUAUGAUUCUCAAAUGAGCAAGUCACUAGAUCCAGAUGAAUCUAAAAACAAUGCAUCUGUUGUCAAAUUUGGAAAGCAACUUCUUUCCCACAGAAACUUUCUUUGGUUUGCAUUUAUGAAUUUAGUACAAGUUUUUCACUGUCAUUUCAACUCCAACUUCUUCCCAUUGUUUUUGGACACACUUCUGGGGGAAUCAGUGAGCCCUACUAUGGCAUCUUUUUUGUUGAGUAUAUCAUUUAUUGCACCACAUAUCAACAACUUGUACUUCCUGAGCUUGUGUAAGAAAUAUGGUGUUUAUGCUGUUAUAAGGACUUUAUUCCUGAUCAAACUACUGCUGAGUCUUGUCAUGUAUGAGGCAGGUCCUCAUCAUGUUUGGCUGCUGUGUUUUUUUAUUGCCAGUAACCGUGUGUUUACAGAAGGUACUUGUAAACUGCUGAGUUUGGUAAUCAGUGAUUUGGUAGAUGAGGAUGUUGUUUUACACUCGCGGCCACAAGCUGUGUCUGCUUUAAUAUUUGGAACGGCUGCUCUUGUGUCAAAACCUGGCCAAACAUUAGCUCCUGUUAUAGGGACCUGGAUUUUAGCUCUACAGACAGGUCAUGAUAUAUUUCAAUCAGGAAAUGAAUCAGGUUCAAUAAAACUUGACCUGUCUAAAAUGGAUCAUAUGACAAAAUCAGUUCACAAACAAGGAGUUUUCCUUAUAUUGAUAUACGUCCCUGUGGCCUGUGCAUUGCUGCAGCUAUUUGCUUGGUCACGCUACACACUCAAGGGUCAACGAUUGUUGCAGGUUAAAGCCAUCAGAGAAGGCGUAUUGCAUAUACCAGUCUAGAAAACCUACAUGCAGUCUUAAACUUACAUUCUGUCUCAAAAAGAUGCAUGGAGUAACUU